GCGCCGUGCGCGUCUCCCCUGAGGCGGGCGGGCGGCCGGGCCGGGCGGAGGCCGCGGCCGAGCCGGGGGCUCGCGUAGAUGUGCAGCCCGGGGGAGGCCCCCCCUGGGCCGGCCCCGGCCGGGGACCUGCCCCCGGAGUGGGAGACGGAUGACGAGCGCAUGGCCUUCCUGUUCUCUGCCUUCAAGCAGAGCCGCGAGGUGAACAGCACGGAGUGGGACAGCAAGAUGGCCUUCUGGGUCGGGCUGGUUCUGGCCCGCGGCCGGCGGAGGGGCGCGGUGAGGACGUGCCUGAGGGAGCUGCAGAACGGCUUCGAGCGGCGGGGCAGCGUCCCCUUGGGGCUCGGCACCGUCCUCAGGGAGCUGCUGAGACGUGGGAAGCUCCAGAGGGAGUCAGACUUCAUGGCCAGUGUAGACAGCAGCUGGAUCUCAUGGGGCGUGGGAGUUUUCAUCCUGAAGCCCCUCAAGUGGACCCUCUCCAGCGUGCUGGGGGACAGCAAAAUUCCCGAGGAAGAGGAGGUUCUGAUUUACGUGGAGCUGCUGCAGGAGAAGGCAGAGGAAGUUUACCGCCUGUACCAGAGCUCUGCCCUCUCUUCCCACCCCGUGGUCGCGCUCUCCGAGCUCCGCUCCCUCUGUGCCGGCCUCUGCCCCGAUGAAAGGACCUUCUACUUGCUGCUGCUCCAGCUGCAGAAGGAGAAGAGGGUCACCAUCCUGGAACAGAAUGGAGAGAAGAUUGUGAAGUUUGCCCGAGGCCUCCACGCCAAGGUGUCCCCAAUGAAUGAUGUGGACAUUGGAGUUUAUCAGCUGAUGCAGAGUGAGCAGCUGCUGUCACAGAAGGUGGAGUCCCUUUCCCAGGAAGCAGAGAAGUGUAAAGAGGACGCCAGGAGUGCUUGCAGAGCUGGGAAGAAGCAGCUGGCCCUGAGGUGCCUCAAGUCCAAGCGGAGGACGGAGCGGCGCAUCGAGGAGCUGCACUCCAAGCUGGAUGCGGUGCAGGGAAUCCUGGAUCGGAUCUACGCCUCCCAGACCGACCAGAUGGUGUUCAAUGCCUACCAGGCUGGAGUGGGAGCUCUGAAGCUUUCCAUGAAGGAUGUGACUGUGGAGAGGGCAGAGAACCUGGUGGAUCAGAUCCAAGAGCUUUGUGACACUCAAGAUGAAGUGGCCCAGACUCUGGCUGGAGUGGGGAUCAAUGGUCUGGCAGAGAUGGACUCUGAGGAGCUGGAGAAGGAGCUGGACAGUCUCCUGCAGGACUCCAGCAAGGAUUCCCUGGAUCUGCCUCCCGUUCCCCAGAAGGUGCUGAGUGCCCCCAUCUCUGAUGCCGAGCUGGAGGCUGAGCUGGAGCAGCUCUCUGUGUCUGCUGGAGAUCUGGCACAAAAGACUCCCUCUGCUUCUGAACCCAAAACAGCUCUGGGACUGAAUCUCUGAAGAGCCAACAGAAUCCUGUUGCUGCAGUUUGGGAAGUGUCUCAAUGUUCCUUAACUGAUGACCAGAACUUCCAAGGAGAGGGGACACCCCCUGUGCUCCUGGAUCUGUCUUUGCUCAGCAGCAGGAGCUCCUGCCAUGACAAUCCACUCUGGACCUGGCCCCAGCUGGUGUUUGUCAUCUCUGUGCCAACAUCUGGUCUCGAUCUGACUCGUGACCCCCAGUCACUGCCACAUCCAGUCUUCCCUCCUGGGAACACAACUGCAGCCAAGAUAAACUCUUCUGUGUCCAUA